AUGCUCAUCUUCUCUGUCUUCAAAACUCUGACGGACCAGAGAGUCACUGUGGAACUGAAGAAUGAUCUCUCCAUCACUGGCACGCUGAAGUCGGUCGAUCAGUUCUUGAACAUCCGGCUGGAUAACAUCAAAGUUCUUGAUGAGGCACGGCACCCCCACAUGAUGGCAGUUAAGAACUGCUUCAUCCGCGGGUCGGUCGUUCGAUACGUCCAGCUACCCGCCGAACAUGUCGAUACACAACUAUUGGAAGACGCUACAAGACGAGAGGCUGCGGCAACCAACAAGCGGUAG